AGAUUUUAUUUGCCCUCUUAAGUGGUGAAAAAUUGGCACUUUGGUCAGUGGAAGAGAGGAAGAGUUUGGGGAAAGAUUUACUUAAAAAACUGAAUUUACUACGUGUUUGCAUGCAAAGGCAAAGUGCAUCAUGGAAGACAGAACAUAAAAACAUUGGGGAUUGUCAAUUGUUUGGUGAAAGUGUUCCACGUAAAACAACCGUAAACGAUUCAAACGAUCCAAUGCUAUGUGUGUACGACGUUGAAGGCCGAUGGCUUAAAUGCAGGAAUUAUAAAGGUAAAUUGUUAAGCUUCUUGUCAUCAAAACGAAGUGACUCAUUUCCUACUGACUAUGCACUGAUUCAGUACGUUAUGGCACAGUUAACAGAUUUGUGCUCAAUCGUAUAUUUGGCAAAAUAUACCGAUCCAAACGAAUUACGAGAACACUUACAAAUAGAAGAAGAUGAUUUUAAAAUGAUUAUCAAUUUAUUGGCUGAAAUCGACUUCUUGAAAUAUGGUUGGAUGAAGGAAAAGAUGAAAAAGAAGAGAAGCUUAGGAAUGAUUGCUGUUAAAAUUUAAGUUCAUUUAUAUUUUGUGUGAAUCUGUAUAUUCCUCAGCGUUUGUAAGUUUAUCGAUCUUUGAUAUCUUCAUUGAUCAGUUUGGUUGGUCAAAACGCAAAUUUGCAAAAUUCGUCCCUACAUCCAAAUAAUAUACCAUUUUUACCAAUAAAAC